AAUCCCGAGUUUUGUGUGCCCAGCAACGGCUCAGCCCUCCAUUUUUGUCUAAAAUUCCAAAAAAGAUAUUUAUUUUUUUUCACGUUUAAUCUCAACCCUUUAUCGCCUCUGCUAUGAUUCACAUAUAGAAUCUCUGGUUUUAUCUUCCUGCUUUCGGCUUUUACCUAAACCUUUUCUUCUGGUCGUCUCCGUUUCUAAAUUCUUGUGGGAAGAAUCAAUUUCUUCUCAUUUUUUUUCUAAAGAAACAGCCCACUACUUAGGUUGAUUGUUGUUUUUAGAUUUGUUUAUUUACUUUCAUGGAGGAUUUGAUGGUAAUGGCGUGGAGGUUUUGGAGAACAUUUCUUAUUAGAUAGCGUUUUUUUCUUCAUCCAAGUCUUCGGAUGAUAUCGAUUUCUAUGAAGAUCAGGUGCGCAGCCUAUUGAAGCUCCAAAAUAGACCAAUUCGUGGUUUGAGGGUUUGAGGCAGGUGGGGUUUCUUUAUUUGACGAAAUCAUCUUACCCUCUUUGUAUAAAAUAACCUAAACCACCAAACCUCGCUCCCCCAUUUUCUUGAUCUAUUGGAAUAGCCCCAAGAAAUGUUUGGGACUCAAAGCAAAAGAGAUAUUGCUCUUGAAUUGCAAGCUCAGAUUCCAGUUCUAAGGCCGAGCAUCCAUGCGAGGAGGGCGAAUAUCACAGUUAAGUUUCAAGAUCUAUAUGGGUUCACAGUGGAAGGCAAUGUGGAUGAUGUUAAUGUGUUGAAUGAAGUGAGGGAAAAGGUUAGGCAACAGGGUCGUGUCUGGUGGGCAUUGGAGGCCAACAAAGGCGCUAAUUGGUACUUGGAACCCUCUGUUUCUGAAGGGAUUGCUCUCAAAUCUUCUCUCAAAUUGUCCACUCUUGCUAAUGCCAUCACUUUGAAGAAGUUGAUUAGGAAGGGGAUUCCUCCUGUUCUUCGCCCUAAGGUUUGGUUCUCCUUAUCCGGAGCUGCGAAGAAGAAAUCCACUGUUCCUGAGAGCUAUUACAAUGAUUUAACCAAGGCUGUUGAAGGGAAAGUCACGCCUGCAACUAGGCAGAUUGAUCAUGACUUGCCGCGUACUUUUCCUGGUCAUGCUUGGUUAGACACUCCAGAAGGUCAUGCUGCUCUUCGACGUGUUCUUGUUGGGUAUUCCUUCCGGGAUUCGGAUGUUGGAUACUGUCAGGGCUUAAACUAUGUUGCUGCAUUGUUAUUGCUUGUGAUGAAAACAGAAGAAGAUGCUUUUUGGAUGCUAGCUGUUCUCUUAGAAAAUGUUUUAGUUAGUGACUGUUACACGACCAACUUGUCAGGAUGUCAUGUCGAGCAAAGGGUGUUCAAAGAUUUACUUACCAAGAAGUGUCCCAGGAUAGCUACCCAUUUGGAAGCUUUGGAUUUUGAUGUCUCCCUUGUCGCUACGGAGUGGUUCCUCUGUCUUUUCUCGAAAAGCCUACCUUCUGAGACGACUCUACGUGUUUGGGACGUCCUUUUCUACGAGGGGGCAAAAGUAUUGUUUCAUGUGGCUUUGGCUAUCUUUAAGAUGAAGGAAGACGAGUUACUCGUAACCCAUCAUGUGGGAGAUGUGAUUAAUAUUCUACAAAAAACUACACAUUACCUAUUUGAUCCCGACGAUCUACUGACGGUAGCAUAUGACAAGAUCGGAUCGAUGACUACGAACACCAUAUCAAAGCAUAGGAAAAAGCAAGAACCAGCAGUUAUGGCCGAGCUGGAUCAGAGAUUGAGGCGACUAAAUUCCCAAGUGAACGACAAAGAACAUCAUCCAUUCCCUCCCGUCAAAUCGAGCUGAUCAAACUAUAAAAUUAUAGCUAUAUUUAAUGGGAGAAUACAAGACUCCCCUGCCUGAGAGAGAGAGAGAGGAAGUAAAAAAAACAACAACAGAGCAUCUGUUUUUUCUAUGGUGUUUGUUUGUAGCUUUAUAAAUGUAAAUUACAAAGAAUCAAUACUUUCUAUAUACUGUUAAUUACACUGAAACAGAGCAUUGUGGGUUCCCCAUGCUCUGUAAUUUCUGGUCUGAUGUAAUGAGUUAUCUGUGAAUGGAAUCAGAUUUGUUUCA